AUGUCUUCAGACUGGUUGAGAUUCCACUGCAACUAUACGGGGUGCGCCUGUUCAUAUAAGAAGAAAGAGCAUCUCUUACGUCAUGAGAGAGAUCACUUGAACCUGCGCUCAUUUGCAUGCCCGCUAUGCUCAGCUGCUUUUAACCGAAGUGAUCUGCUCAAACGCCAUGAGGCAAUCAGCCACCAACCUAGCCAGGCUUCUGGGCAAGAUAUGGAGGAAACGCCAUUGACAGAAAACGCCGGAUCUGGAUCACAAGAACCUGUACCUGUUUCUGAGCUAGGCGAAUCUUCUGUCCUCGCGUCGAAAUCUUCCCUCAGCACUGAGCUUCAGGGUCUAAACCUGGCUUCAAAUCCAACGAUACAGUUACUCCAAGAACCAUGUCGUUACGAGCUUGAAGCGUCUUACUUUCUGCACUUUCACCCCCACUGGCCUUUGUUGCAUAAAAGAACUUUCCUGCAAUCAAAGCCUCCCCCAGAACUCACGGCUGCCGUUUUGACAGCUGGACUGUGGGCAAUUGAUACUCCGGAGACCAGGGACAAAGCCCGACUGUAUCAUGAUGCCUUGCUAAAGACGCUUUCCGAGCAACUAUUAAAACAUCCAACAUCAGCCACAGACUCAUCUGGACCUCGAUCUGAAUUCCUCCCUGCCUUCCAGGUCCUUCUCAUUGCAUUGAUUCUUUGCACCUACCGUCGGGCAGAGACAUUUCCAUCCGCUUUGAUCAAUUGCAAGCAGAUAUGGCAGCUGUUACAAUCCUUUGGCGUCUAUGAUCAAAAUGCAAUAGAUGAUAAAAGUAAACAUCCGAUAGUCCGCGAGUCCUACCAGCGGCUGGUUCUCCUGCACUUUAAGGUGUAUGUCCAUCUCAAUUCUAUAUUAACCAGUCAGUUCUCCCAGUUCAAGGCGUUCGACUAUUUGACGCCAAGCAUGCUCAAAGUUCGAAUUCCCUCGCCGAGCUUCUACUGGGAACAUGAUGACGAGUUGCUUCCUCGUCGGAGACACGGAGCUGGUACGGUCGCUGAUCUGCUUGAUUCAUGUAAUGAAUUGGCUCACUUAUCGAAUCUUGUGGCUUGGGACUUUACUCUGGGAAUGAUCAUUGGAUGUUACUUGGCGAGACCAGUGGGUGAGGCUCAUCCUCGUGACCUUUUGGAAGUGACUGGGCUGCUAAGAGAGAAUGAUUCUGUGUUAUCCGAGCUCGACAUGAACUUUACGUCGGAUAUCGAUUGA